GGGUCUAGUGUUUCUUAAUUUACAACAUAGGUGGUAUGAUGUCAUUGAUAGUGAAGUCCAAGACAGAAGAUUCUGUUAAAUGUGAAGUUGUUGAUGGUGGAGAGCUUAAGUCUAGACGGCAUCUAAAUGUUCGAGGAAAGAGCGCAACGUUGCCUUCAAUCACUGAGAAGGACUGGGAUGAUAUUAAAUUUGGAGUGGACAACAAAGUAGACUUUUAUGCUGUUUCCUUUGUCAAAGAUGCACAAGUGGUUCAUGAAUUAAAGAAUUAUUUACAAAGCUGUGGUGCAGAUAUACAUGUAAUAGUGAAAAUUGAAAGUGCAGACUCUAUACCAAAUUUGCAUUCAAUUAUAACAGCAUCAGAUGGGGCAAUGGUUGCAAGAGGUGAUCUUGGUGCAGAGCUCCCUAUUGAGGAGGUUCCUCUUCUGCAGGAAGAGAUAAUAAGGAUUUGCCGUAGCAUGGGAAAAGCUGUUAUUGUAGCAACAAAUAUGCUCGAAAGUAUGAUAGUCCAUCCAACACCUACUCGAGCAGAAGUAUCAUACAUUGCAAUUGCUGUUCGUGAGGGUGCUGAUGCUGUAAUGCUUUCUGGAGAAACAGCUCACGGAAAGUUCCCACUGAAGGCCGUGAAAGUUAUGCAUACAGUAGCAUUACGGACAGAAGCAACCAUUUCUGGUGGUGGAAUGCCUUCUAACCUUGGUCAAGCCUUCAAGAAUCAUAUGAGCGAGAUGUUUGCAUACCAUGCAACCAUGAUGUCGAACACUCUUGGGACCUCUAUUGUUGUCUUCACUAGAACUGGUUUCAUGGCUAUCCUUCUGAGCCACUAUCGACCUUCUGGCACUAUAUUUGCCUUCACGAAUGAGAAAACAAUACAGCAGAGACUGGCUUUAUAUCAAGGAGUGUGUCCCAUAUAUAUGGAGUUUUUAGAUGAUGCUGAAGAAACUUUUACAAAGGCCCUAAGUUUGCUGCAGAAACAAGGAAUGGUGAAAGAGGGAGAAGAAGUAGCACUUGUUCAGAGUGGCAGACAGCCUAUCUGGCGAUUCCAGUCCACGCAUAAUAUCCAAGUCCGAAAGGUGUAAGCCACAGAGGACAGGCAGACGGGAAUAUCCUCGGCUGAGAAAAACUGAGCUCGGCCACGGUUCAGAAACUACAGUCAUAUUUUAUCAGUACGCAUUUUAGUUGUGUUGGACUGAACUAUGCUUACACUGUAGUAACAAGGAUGAUAUUUAUUAUAUUAUUGUUUCAUGCU